GACAUCAUCGUCUACUCAACAGGUCAGAAAGCAACAGUCUAUCACCGCGACAGGAACUAGCCACUAGCAGAGAUGGCCGCUGAAGCUAUCAACCUGAAUUAUAUGGAUUUACAAGAGAGUUGCAAGGAUCUACUGGACGAAUUAAGGUCUGUAGAAACUGAAAAACAGAUUAUCUUCAAUGAUAAGCAGGAUUUUUUAAAAGUUCUGAAAAAAAUUAACGACUACAAGGAUGAGCUUAAAAUCAUUUUCCAGAGAGAGAAAGAUGAUUUGGAAGACGAAAAUCAACGUCUAGAAGAAAAGAAACGGAGGCUUGAGCAGGAAAGCAAAGAUUUGGACACAGCUAAGACAGAAAUUCAAAAAGAAUGGAAGCAGAUUGAAGAAGUUAAAACAUCAAAUCAGGAAUUUCUAGAAGAUUUGAUUACGAAAAAAUCUCAAACGGAAAAGCUUUGGAAAUCGCUGCAAGACAGCAAAGCAAACGCGAUUGAAGAAAUAAACCAGAUGAAAAGAGAUCUGGAGAAAGAGAAAUUCGAUUUUGAUGAAUCAAAGAAAUUAUCAGAAAACAAACUUGAAGAACUGAGACAAGCUUUGCUGGCUGAGAGAGACGAGUUUGAACAGCAGAAGUCUAGCUCAGAGCUGGAGAAUGAAAAUGCUCGACAGAUUCUGCAAGAAGAGAAAGAAAAUCUACAACUUAUUUGGCAAAAUCUGGAGGAAGAGAAGGUGGAUUUUAAAAAUAAGCUUCAAAUAGUAAAGCUAAAGUUAACUGAAAGUCAAAAUCAUUUACAGAAAGGCAUUCAAGAUGUAAUUCUCCAGACAAAAGCCCUGCAGGAAGAUCAGUUGAACUUUGAAAAAGCAAAGGCUGAAACAGAAAAGGAGCAUGAAGAAAUAUACAGCUUUCUCCAGGAAGGCUGCACAUGGUUAGACUUGGAGAAACAAAGCCUGGAGCGGCAGAAACUCGAAUUUGUGGAAGUUCAGAACAAAUUGGAUCAGAAUAAUAAGGAACUCCUGCAAAAAGAGAGAGAACGGAUGAAUCAGGAGCUGCGAGAGGAAAAUAUUCACUUUCUUGAACUGAUAAAAGCAGAAAGACUUCGUCUAAAAAACGGUCAGAACAAUUUGCAGGAGGGAUUAGAAGAUCUGAUUCUCGACAGGAAAAUUUUUCAGAAGGAAAUGAUUCACUUUGAAACACAGAAGACAGAAUCUGAAAAGGAGAUUGCAGAAAUAUACAAUCGUCUCCAAGAGGGGUUCGACAUUUUACAUGUCGAGAAGGAAAGUCUGAUGCAACAGAUGGCAGAAUUUGAGCAAAAAGAGAAAGAAUCAAAUCAGCUUUAUCUGGAAGUUUAUCAGACUCUCCAGGAUGAAAGGGAACAUUUAGAGCUGAUGAAACAGAGUCUGCAAGAUGAAAAGAUUCACUUUGUUGAACUGAUGAAAACAGAAAGUCUUAGUUUACAUGAGAGACAAACUGAUCUGGAGAAGGGAUUAGAAGAUCUGAUUCUUGAUAGGAAGAGUCUGAGUGAAGAUAUGAUUCACUUUCAGCAGAAAAAGGAAGAUUCACCUCAUGAAAUGAAUUCAGUCCUUCAGACUCUGAAAGACGAGAGAGAAAGCUUAGAGCUGAUGAGGCAGGCUCUGGAACAGGAAACAGAGUUUGAAGAAGCAAAUCAAAAAGAAACCUCCAACAUAAAUGAUACAGAAACAGCUGCAGAGGACGAGGUAGAAAGUCCUUCUGCUCAGACUGAAUUUCUGCAGGAACGAAUGAUGAGUUUUGAACUUCCCCAGACUAAAUCUGAAGAGGAGAUAAGUGAAAUGUACAAUUAUCUCCAAAAUGGGCUUAUAUAUGUAGACGCUGGACUAGAAAGUCUGGAAAAUCAAAGGAAUACAUUUGAGGAGAUGGAGACAGAGUCUUAUCAGACUUUACAAGACGUCCAGCGGGGUCUCCAGGAGGAGAGAGAUAGUUUAGAAAUGAAGAAACACAGCCUGGAGGAAGAAAAAUUGGAGUUGGAAAAAAUGAUUGCAACAGAAAAACUUAGUUUACAUGAGAGACAAAAAGAUCUGGAGAAGGGAGUAGAAGAUCUGAUUCUUGAUAGGAAAAUGUUUCAGAAGGAAAUGAUUCACUUUGAAACACAUAAGACAGAAUCUGAAAAGGAGAAUGCAGAAAUAUACAGUCGUCUCCAAGAGGGGUUCGACAUUUUACACGUCGAGAAGGAAAGUCUGAUGCAACAGAUGGCAGAAUUUGAGGAAAAAGAGAAAGAAUCAAAUCAGAUUUAUCUGGAAGUUUAUCAGACUCUCCAGGAUGAAAGGGAACAUUUAGAGCUGAUGAAACAGAGUCUGCUGGAGGAAAAUAAUCAGUUUGUUGAACUGAUUGCAACAGAAAAACUUAGUUUACAUGAGCAACAAAUGGUUUUGAAGAAGGGAUUAGAAGAUCUGAUUCUUGAUAGGAAGAGUCUGAGUGAAGAUAUGAUUCACUUUCAGCAGAAAAAGGAAGAUUCACCUCAUGAAAUGAAUUCAGUCCUUCAGACUCUGAAAGACGAGAGAGAAAGCUUAGAGCUGAUGAGGCAGGCUCUGGAACAGGAAACAGAGUUUGAAGAAGCAAAUCAAAAAGAAACCUCCAACAUAAAUGAUACAGAAACAGCUGCGGAGGACGAGGUAGAAAGUCCUUCUGCUCAGACUGAAUUUCUGCAGGAACGAAUGAUGAGUUUUGAACUUCCCCAGACUAAAUCUGAAGAGGAGAUAAGUGAAAUGUACAAUUAUCUCCAAAAUGGGCUUAUAUAUGUAGACGCUGGACUAGAAAGUCUGGAAAAUCAAAGGAAUACAUUUGAGGAGAGGGAGACAGAGUCUUAUCAGACUUUACAAGACGUCCAGCGGGGUCUCCAGGAGGAGAGAGAUAGUUUAGAAAUGAAGAAACACAGCCUGGAGGAAGAAAAAUUGGAGUUUGAAAAAAUGAUUGCAACAGAAAAACUUAGUUUACAUGAGAGACAAAAAGAUCUGGAGAAGGGAGUAGAAGAUCUGAUUCUUGAUAGGAAAAUGUUUCAGAAGGAAAUGAUUCACUUUGAAACACAGAAGACAGAAUCUGAAAAGGAGAAUGCAGAAAUAUACAGUCGUCUCCAAGAGGGGUUCGACAUUUUACACGUCGAGAAGGAAAGUCUGAUGCAACAGAUGGCAGAAUUUGAGGAAAAAGAGAAAGAAUCAAAUCAGCUUUAUCUGGAAGUUUAUCAGACUCUCCAGGAUGAAAGGGAACAUUUAGAGCUGAUGAAACAGAGUCUGCAAGAUGAAAAGAUUCACUUUGUUGAACUGAUGAAAACAGAAAGUCUUAGUUUACAUGAGAAACAAACUGAUCUGGAGAAGGGAUUAGAAGAUCUGAUUCUUGAUAGGAAAAUGUUUCAGAAGGAAAUGAUUCACUUUGAAACACACAAGACAGAAUCUGAAAAGGAGAAUGCAGAAAUAUACAGUCGUCUCCAAGAGCCAUGUGAGGAAAAAGAGGAAGAAUCAAAUCAGCUUGAUCUGGAAAUGUAGAGCUGACGAGGCAGGCUCUGGAACAGGAAAUAGAGUUUGAAGAAGCAAAGAAGAGUUUCAAGAAUCUGAAGGACCAACAGCAUUUAAUGAGAGAAAUGCGAGUAACUGAACCCAAACAAUGUGACAAAGAUGGUUUAUUUGCGAGAAGGGACAGAAAAUCUUUUAUGACUCUUACUUUAGAUUUUCCUUAUAAUUUAGACUUGCUUAUAAUUUAGACUUCCUUAUAAUUUAGAUUAAUAGUCCAAUCGUAUACUUAGGGGUUUAGGGUUAGAGCUCAACUAUAACCAUGUGUCAUCAUUUGAACUUCAUGCACUUUAAGGGAAGCUAGGUUUCAAUCUAGGGGCGCUUCAACGCCGCCCAAACUGGGCUAGAAACACGUGCUAAUAAUUUAGACCUCUACUUAUAAUCGGGUUUCGAAUUACAGGGGAGCUAAGGGGAGCCCGGCUGUCUUCUUCAGGACAUUUCUAGUUUAUUUAUUUAUUUACUUAUUUAUGGCAACGUAAUUAGCACACAACAUUGUAAAAAUGCCUCUUUAAUUGGCCUGCCAAAUAAUUAAUGAUUUGCUUUGAUGACAUCAUCAAAAGGGGUGGGGCAAGGGGAAUUCCAACAGAAAAUGUGUGCCAGGUUCCUUUUUAACAGUUCUUCAGGGAUUUUCUAGUUUAACCUAAAGUUAAGGCGGCGGAGCGGGGUGGGGGCUAGGGUUAGGGUUCAGAAGCUGACAUCAACGAGCUGAGAAACAAAAAUCUGACUUUUGUUGCAUUGUUUAGUGUUUAUGUCACGUCUUUAUUACCGACCCUUUCAUAGGAACACCGAUCUAGGAUGUAGAUGGAUAUGUAGAUGGGCUGCAUGGUGGCACAGUGGUUAGCACUGUUGCCUCGCAACACGAAGGUCGCAGGUUCGAAACUCAGCUGUGGCCUUUCUGCGUGGAGUUGCGUGUUCUCCCCAUGCAUGCGUGGGUUUUCUCCGGGUACUCCGGUUUCCCCCACAGAUCACAACAUGCCCUAUAGGUUAAAAAAAAAAAAUAAAUAAAAUUGUAAGUCGCUUUGGGUAAAAGCGUCUGCUAAGCACAUAAACAUAAACAUGAGCAUUAAAACUAAAACCAAAAUAAACAAAAAAAGAAAAUUAAACAUAAACAGGGUUGAAAACAAACAAAAAGAUUAAAAAAAACUAAAAAAUAAAUAAAAAAAAACUAAAAAAUAACUAAAAUUAAAGAAAAAAAAAUCCCUUCCGCAGAAUCGCCACCUUAUCGUGGUGGAAGGGUUUGAGGAGCUCCAUGAUCCUGUAAGCUGUGUUGUCAGGGCCAUCAGCCCCUGUCUCCCAUGGCAACAUGGUCUCAGCUUAGAGCUCGGACUAAGAGCGGUUCAAACACCUCAAGGGCCACACCUGUGGGAGUGAAACGGAUCUAAGGGAACCAAAGAGCAUUGUUUUAAUGUUUCGAAAUGGUAAAUGUCUUGUAUUUGUAUAGGGCCUUCUAGGGUUCUCCAACCCCCCCCAAGGCCAUUCACCCAUUCACACUGUAGUGUAAAGCCGGGCGUACACUGUGCGACUUUUUCACUCGUAGCACUCAGCUUCAGCUCAAACUGUACGACUUCCUCACAGGGCAGAUCUCACGAGUCAUGUGCUCACACUGCACGACCCAGUUCUCGCAUGCGACCUGACUGCUCACACUGUACGUCUGGUAGCAACACGUCGGCCCUAAAAAUAUGCUAAAAAUAGCAGUUUUUACACAACACGUCAGACUUUUUUGUUUUGUUUUGCCUGUUGUCCUUCGGGAGUGCUGCAGGACACACAGGGAUUUAUGGGGGUUGGAUGAGGAAAACGGAAUAAAGAAAGUAAAUCUGUGUUUUGUGAUCAGUUUAAUUUGACAUGAACACGACAAACACGCUUUCUUGACAAUCUUUGUGAGUAAAAAAACGUGUAGAAACAAAAACGAACAACGUGUGUUAUUAGGGAAAUAGCGAGCGGCGUUGAUGCAGGAUUGCGCAUGCGCCGUGAGCGGUUCUGAUACAUUUUGGGUCGCAGCUGCUCGCAGCGCCGCUUCAACAGUGCAAUACCCUCACGAGGGACGAGCGAAAUAUUAAACACGUCAGAAGUCCGUGCGACCUCACGACUGCUGAUCGGCAGCUGGUCACGUGGUGUUAAUCGCCUCUCGUAACCCCCUGUACACUACACGACCGCUCGGCGCAAAACUCGCCCCGAUGUCGUGGAUUCUCGCACGACUGGAAAAUCGGAUCAAAAAAGUGAAAAAGUCGCACAGUGUACGCCCGGCUUAAGAAAGCCAUGUAAUACCAAAGGUCAUUACACUGCUCAGCCAUCUUCAUCAGUGGGCUAAAGGUAAACUGUGCUUUCCAAACUAGAACAAAUGCUCUGUUUUUGACCUCGCCAUCUGGGGAACCGUCAUAACAAAGUUCCUCUCCUGCUAUUUAUCUGUGCUGCAGGACUCCUGGAGAAGACGAGACUUUUUAACCUUAAUAAAAGAUUAAUAUUCUGUUUCAUACAAUGAUUUUCCCACUUUACAUAUUAAUUACAACCAUAGACCAAUGAAUGUUUUAUCUAAAGUAAGUUUAAUAAGACUUGAUUGCUUGACAGUAAUAAUGAAUCAAAAUAACUGUUUAUUGUUAAAAUGCAUUGUUUCAGAUCUUAAAGACACCAAACGAAUCUACUCGAUGAGUUUUUGAAUGAAUGAAUGAUCAAUUUUUGAAUGAAUGAUCAAUUUAUUCAGUCAGUCAUCUUAAGAUAAUGUACAAUAACAUGUCAUACAAAUAGAUACAAAUUUCUCACUGACAUAUGUUUUCAUUUGUAUAUGGUGUCUAUUUGGUAUCUCAUGACUGAAUAGGUUUAGGCAGAAGCAAUAGCUUAUAUAAUUGCCUAACCUACUUACAAAACAAUUUUUCAGUUUCCCGCAAUGAACCAACAACCCAAAUAAAAGUAAAACACAAAUCCAUCCAUCAACAUCAAAUUAAUACUCUUCAAAAAUAUUUUUACUGAUAAGUUUUUUAAGAACUGAAAGAGAAGUUGCUAAUUUUAAUUCUAUUUUAGCCUGAUUCCAAAAUUUUACUCCCAUUACAGAGAUACAUCUACUUUUCAUGCCCUUUUUGGCUUUUUGUAGAACAAACAUACAUACACCUCUUAAACCAUAUUUACUUUCCCUCUUUGCAAAAAACAUUAGUAUAUUUUUUGGCAGAGCCGUUAAUUUUACUCUAAACAUAAAUUGCAUUAUUUUAUAAUAAUAUAGAUCUUCUAAUUUCAUAAUCUGUGAUUUUAAAAACAACGGGUCAGUAUGAGCAUAAUAAUUGCUCUUGUUUAUAACUCGAAUAGUUUUCUUUUGUAUAGUUUUUAUUUCAUGUAUAUAUGUUUUAAAGGUUGAACCCCAUAUUUCUAUACAAUAUGCCAUGUAUGGUUGUAUUAGUGAACAGUAUAUUAGACGUAAGGCCUUAUGGUUUAGUAUGUCCUUCAGCUUAUAUAAUAGACCCAAGGAUUUGGCAAUUUUUCAUUUUAUAUAAUUUAAAUGAUGCUUCCAGGAUAAGUUAGAGUCAAUCACAACACCAAGAAAUUUUAUUUCAGACACUCUUUCAAUUUCAGUAUCUGAAAUUGUUAAUUUAAAGUCUCCAUUUUUUACCUUCUUAUUUCCAAAAAUCAUAAAUUUAGUCUUUUUUAUAUUCAGUGAUAGUUUAUUUACAUCAAACCAAGAUUUGAGGAUAUUUAACUCUUUUUCGGCCUUCUUUAAAAGUUCUUUUAUAUCUUUACCUGAACAAACUAAAUUUGUAUCAUCUGCAAACAUUAUAAAUUUGAAAAAACAAUUUUAUAACACUAUCAUGCCUAUUGUAGCCAGAGUUUGGUUGGAUUAACGGCAAAUGUAAGUACAAGGCUGGCAGUAGAAAAAAGAGGGCAAUGUUUCUCUCAUCUACUGGUAACAGUUAGCUAGCAGCAAUAACGGUUAACAACCAUGCACUUUAUGCUAGGUGACCAAACCUCUUUUUCCGUGACAUUUUUGCUUUUUAUGUGCUAUUAGGGGCAUCUGGGAAGAUUUCAUAGAUUGAUAAAAUGUCUAGGUUUUCAUCGUUUUUCAGAAGACUUCAUCUUACAAAUACAUAAAUGUGACAGCACAGCCCUGUGAUAUACUCCCGACCUGCUCAAGUGGAUGGUUCUGAAAGGAGGUUGCGGUGACACUCCACCUGAGACACCAAACCCUGCAGUGGGAACACCACCUGCCGAUGGGGGAGAUAAUGGUGCCGCUGAGACUCUGGCCGUGGCCCAAUACCUUGCGGUGGGAACACCACCUGCCAAAAGGGGGGCUGUUGAGAUCACUGACCCUCCUCCACCGGUACUGCUGGCGCUGGUGACCUCUGUCACUGAUCCACCUACCACAGGGGGGGUUGCCUGCCACCCUGUACCACUACUGGCAGACCCUAGUCUCUCUGACUGCACCUGUGCGUCGAACAAGGGCCCUCCAGAGAGCUCACCUGCGCCGAUCCCUUGCAAAGCCGCGCCUACACAAAUGUA